CGCGCGGGCCGGGAACCGCGGGUCCCGGAGUCCUUGCACGCGUGUUCUGUCUCCUCAGCUUUCUCGGCCUAGCCCAGCCUCACCAUGGUGGACGCCUUCGUGGGCACCUGGAAGCUAGUGGACAGCAAGAAUUUCGAUGACUACAUGAAGUCGAUUGGUGUGGGUUUUGCUACCAGGCAGGUGGCCAACAUGACCAAGCCUACCACAAUCAUCGAAAGAAAUGGGGACACUGUCACCAUAAAAACACAUAGCACCUUCAAGAACACGGAGAUCAGCUUCCAGCUAGGGGUGGAGUUCGACGAGACAACAGCGGAUGACAGGAAGGUCAAGUCCAUCGUGACGCUGGACGGAGGCAAACUUGUUCACCUGCAGAAGUGGAACGGGCAAGAGACAACACUGGUGCGGGAGCUAGUUGAUGGGAAACUCAUCCUGACACUCACCCAUGGCAGUGUAGUUUGCACUCGUACUUACGAGAAAGAGGCAUGACCUGUCCACUCCUUCACCGACUGCUCCUCUGCCAAUCGACUAGCCCUGGACUCAGCACCGAAUUGCCUCAUUUUUCCCUUUGGCGUUUUGUAUAAAUCCACCUGGGUUGGGGAAAUUCUUCUGGGGUCAGGUGACACCAGCCUAGAUCCGUUUCUGGCUCCCAGUGUGUAUGUUUGUUUUUUCAACUGCAUCCAAAGGGUGCUCUAAGGUCAAUAAAGCAGAGCCAAGGUCACCAAAUUGCCUUUUUGCCUUUGGUGACACGACUCUGGGAGUCUUGGUUUCCUGUGUGUCGGAGAGUGGGCAGAAAUACUGCCUGAAGGUCACUCAGAAGCAGCACAGAUGAGAGACUGAACUGGACAGUCUCAGGGACAGCGGUAGCUGAUCACGUAACGUGUGUAAGAGCACAAGAGCUGCACCUACACCUUGCCUUUACACUGUCCCCCCACCCCAUGGCCAAAUGAGCUAGUCCAACCUGGAAUAAUCCAUCAGUGGCCCGGCUUCCCCAGGCUUGGCUACUAAACUGUCACCUCAGGCCCAUCCUGCGCUGAAUGCCCUUGGGUUUGGAAAGCCGCUCUUGUCUGUGAAAUGCUGUGGUCUCUCUCUUUGCAGAACAUAGGCUCAGGACACAGGAUGCAGGCUUGUGCCUUCGUAGUAGGAGCAAAUGCUCGCUGGCCAAGAUGACUGCUAAGCUCCCUUCUAUGCCCUCGGCCAUUCAGGGUUAUGAAUUCUUACCGGUUCUCUAAUCAGCUCUGGGGGGAGAGGUCAUCUAAUCAUUACAGAAGAGAGGGCUUGUAAGUGAUCUCCUAAGAAGGCUGUGACCUGCUGGUGCCUCUGGCUCUGUACCUCAGCUGGGCCUCUCUCCAAGGUCUGAAGUAACAUAUUAAAUGUUUUUCUGUCAACUAA